AUUUUUACCACCCGGAAAACCGCAACCAUGAGAUUAUUGUUCGGAGCGUGUUAGAGGGGAUCAAGAAGGAAGCUGAUUCACAUCAACUGGUAAGUGGACUCUUAUAAUUUCUUUAUUCAGCAUCACACUCUGUUCCUAGUUGGAGCACGGCAGUCAAGCAACAAUUAUGACACACAAAGUGAAGUGUAUCCCGUGGGUGCAUGGAGAACUGGUUAUACAACCGAAUCACGAUCUCAUCUUUGAAGGUUCAUUUGACUUACCGUUUUCCUCAAAUAUUUGUCUGACCAACCCUUCGGGGUGUUGGAUGAAAUUCACCAUAGAAACUUCGUCGACUCAUAUGUCGGUGUUUCCAUCUAACGGCGACAUAGCACCAGGUAACAUGGAGGAUUUGCUUGUAAUUCAAAAGCCACUAAAGUCAAUCGGUGCCAUAGAAAACCCCGAUAUAAUUACUGUAUGGGAAGCUUCGUACGUCGAUUUACUUGUGAACAAGAUGUGGAAAAAGAGCACAAAAAUAAAUUGUGUAUAUAUCAAGUCAAAAACUGAGUCUUCCGUCAAUGAUUUCCAACAAACAAGAAAGGAUUUGCAGGAUGUCGAUUGAGUCAAGAGCGUUUGAAGCAUCACAUAGAACCUUCGGAUACAUAAACUUUAAAGAAGGAUCAAGGUUGAACUACUCUGUACCGCUCACCAGCUCUUUUCCAUUUAUGGUUACACUAAACCACUCUGUAAAUUUUUCUCGAAAAUCCCGAAUUUCUAACUGAAUUAACUCGUUUUGUAAAUACCUUGACAGCCGCAAUGUAUAUCACGUUCCAUCGGAUAUGGGCUUUUGGGUAUUCAUAUUGUCCGUCUUUGCAUCUUUGUCCUGGU